GAAAAAGCACCACCGCCAGCCAACUGUGGCAAAGGUAAGAUCCGCCCGGCGAAUCCGUAAAUCCCAGCAAAGAAACAGUCCGUCCAAUAAGCAGAUUCUCAAAACUACAAACCAAACACUCUUCUUCUCUCCCUUCAUUUUUGUUUGUUUGUUUGUUUGCCCCGUUGGUUGGAAGUUAGCUAGGGUUUUACUAUUUUCCCACGCCAAUUCAAGACACAAGGCCACGAAGCUUCCGCCUCGCACGAAACUACAUCAUUCUCUUGUCCCGUCUCUGCUGGCUCCUCCUUCCUGACGCGCAUCAGGGGCCCCCAGAUCGAACCUUCUCAUCUGGGGUUUUCUUCGCCUAAAAGAAAUUUUGUUUCUUUCCAAUUGAACUUUGGUUUCUGGGUUGUCGCUGGUGGUGCUACCAAGAAGCAGCCGCAAUGGUGAGGUUAAUGAGGAGCUGCGUUCAAUCAAUACUCAAACUGGUGAAUUCGGUGGUGGGUAUGGUUGGGUUGGCCAUGGUGCUGUAUGCGGUUUGGUUGAUCAAGGCUUGGCAGAGAGAAAUUGGCGAAUUCCCCUUUGGAGAAGACGAGAACUACCCUGCUCCAUGGUUCAUUUACUCUUUCCUAGGUCUUGGCGCUACUUUAUGUGUCAUCACAUGUUUAGGCCAUGUUUCUGCAGAAACCGCUAAUGGUUGUUGCCUUUAUCUGUAUAUGAUGGUCAUGUUCGUGCUUGUAAUGGUGGAGGCUGCUGUGACCGCAGAUGUAUUUCUGAACCGUGAUUGGGAAAAGGACUUCCCAAAAGACCCAAGUGGUAGUUUUGAUAAGUUCAAAGACUUCAUUCGGUUGCACUUUGAGAUAUGCAAGUGGGUGGGCUUGUCAAUUGUGGCUGUCCAGGUAUCUUCUCCAUCAUCCUCACAAUUUCAAGCCGUAGCAAUGCAUUUAUUUGUUGAUUGUCUUCUGUUUCUGAGGUCAAUUUCCAGAAUCCGCUUGGAUUUUGUUGGCUUUGUGGGAUUGAUCUUGGGUGUUUGAAUUGACUUAUAGUGGCUUAUUUUAAGUUGAAGUCUAAUAGUGUAAAUCUACUUUGAAUUUGUUUGGUGUUUCUUUAGCGCAAGGGUCUUAUCCACAAAAGAAAGAUGAAGACAAUUUCUCCAUUUAACCCUGAACCCUAAAACAACCAUAUAAUAAAGGAUGGGAUCCCCAACUUAUCUUGUAAGUUUGUCCAUUUGUAAAAUAAAUUUCUUACAAGUCAUAACAAGCACCUCCUGUAUUACCUCUAUGAACUAAGACUGGUCAAAAUUGUAUCACCCAUCAAUCCCAAAAAAUGUCUGAGCUUUUGAGUCUGUUCAAUAUCUUGGUCUCAUAACUUUCAUUUUUACCACUGAUUCAUUUUACAUAUCUAGGGGGACCAGCAGAAUUCCCUUCCAAUACCUGUUUCGUACUUAAAUGGUUAACUUUCUGUUCGUAUAUUCUUCAGGGACUAUCCGUUCUCCUCGCAGUGAUGCUCAAAGCCCUUGGCCCACAUCCAUAUUAUGACAGUGACGACGAUUACAUUCCAGAAAGAUCACCACUUCUGAGGCAUCGUGUUUACCCCCCUGGGUAUGUCGUUGGUAACCCUAUCCUUGCACCCAGAACCGACACAUGGAGUAUAAGAGUUAACGAGAAGGUGAGGGUACUUAAUUCUGGCAUUUGCAAAUUUGCUCAAGCCAAUUGGUCUGGUCUUUCUUUUCUAUACCAUUCUUCAGUUCAUGCAACCUAGUUCACAUAGUCCACUGAUUUGUGCUUACUUUUCUGCAUUGUGAAUGAUGACUUCCAUACCGACAACCCUCAAUUUGAUAAGUGGUGGAUUGAUGAUUAGCACCUAGAUAGAUCUAUUUUCUUAGAUGAUUGUUCUUAAAGAUUCAAUUCUAGAGUCUGGUGUAUUCCGAGUAUGAUUUUGGUAACAAAUUCUUAUUUUAUAGCAAGAAAGUUUUAAUUAGCAAGGUAACUUUUAGCUUUUCGUAUUAUGCGGGAUUUAGGGUGAAUAGUGCAAAAGUUUUAUUUAAGGAUUGUGUUUGCUUUACCUUUGUGCUGUUUGUAGAAGUUGCUGCCAUGAUUUUCUUGGAAUCUGCAGUGCAAUGCAUUCCUAAUCCGUUUUGGAUAUGAUCUUCAGGUCAGGUAAUUGGAUCCGAAUCAUCGAUUGGAAUUUGCAGCAGAAGAGUAUGGAGAGGUAGUAGAAAACCAGAAUAUGGGAAAGACGGAAGGCCAUGUGUUGUUGCCCAGGACCACCCUAUUGCACACUUGUGAAUAUUUCCCACCAUAACCAAGGUUUCACUAAUGACGCUAACAUCAUAUGAUCAGAAUAGGGUUUGAACAUCUGUGUUCUAGUUUACUGUUUCUGAAGUAGAAAGCUGUUAUCUUCCUCAUCUUGUUGAUAUAACUGAAUGUAUCCAUGGAUCCAUAUGCAUUUUUCUGGGGUUUGCUUGUGUUGUGAAUUUGUGGUUCGUUUACCGAUUGAAUACUCUCUAAUUAGGAUGGGAAGCACAAAAAGAUAAACAGUAGUUUGCAUGGAUCCAAAAUCAAAUAGAACACAAAAUUCUGA